GCUCCGGGCGGCACCGGCACCCAUGCACGGCGCGGAGGAAGCGGCGGCGGCGGGGGGGCCGCGGGCGAACGCGGCGACCACGGCAAGCACGGCGAGCACGCAGACCGACAGCAUGGCCGGUCAAAUGCCAAGACUUUCUAAGGUCAAUCUUUUUACUUUAUUGAGUCUCUGGAUGGAGCUCUUUCCCUCGUCUGAACAAUGGAAAAAAUCACAGGUGAAGAAGAGUGGUCUAGUUGUGGUGAAAAACAUGAAGAUUAUUGGUCUUCAUUGUUCCAGUACAGACUUGCAUGCUGGCCAGAUUGCACUCAUUAAACAUGGAUCAAGACUUAAAACCUGUGAUCUUUAUUUUUCCAGAAAACCAUGUUCAACUUGUUUAAAAAUGAUUGUAAAUGCUGGGGUGAACAGGAUUUCUUACUGGCCUGCAGAUCCCGAAAUCAGCUUGCAAAACGAGGCGUCCAAUCCCACGAGUACUGAUGACGCAAAGUUAGAUGCCAAAGCAGUAGAAAGACUGAAAUCAAAUAGUCGUGCUCGUGUGUGUGUGCUGCUUCAGCCUUUGGUGUGCUAUAUGGUGCAGUUCAUUGAAGAAACUUCCACCAAGUUUGAUUUUAUUCAGAAAAUAGCAAAAUCACAGCCUGACUGUAAUACUGACUUUUAUACUGCGUGUAGACAAGAGAGAAUAAAAGAGUAUGAAAGCUUAUUCCUAAUUUCAAAUGAAGAAAUGCACAAGGAAAUAUUGAUGACAAUGGGACUGGAGAACCUCUGUGAAAAUCCAUACUUCAGCAACCUUAGGCAAAAUAUGAAAGAUCUUGUCUUGGUCUUGGCAACAGUGGCUGCCAGUGUCCCCGUCUUUGGAUGUUUUGGAUUUUACAAUUGUGAAUCCCCAAGAACAAACGAAACAGAUGAGCAGUGUUUGCCCCAAGACAUUGCAAGGCACUGUAUGAUACAAGCCAGGCUCCUUGCAUAUCGGACAGAGGAUCAUAAGACAGGAGUUGGAGCUAUUAUUUGGGCAGAAGAAAAAUCAUUGCAGAGAAGCUGUGAUGGAACAGGAGCAAUGUACUUUGUAGGCUGUGGUUACAAUGCCUUUCCUGCUGGAUCUGAAUAUGCUGAUUUUCCACACAUGGAUGAUAAGCAAAAAGAUCGUGAAAUCAGAAAGUUCAGAUAUAUUAUACAUGCGGAGCAGAACGCCUUGACAUUCAGAUGUCGAGAAAUAAAGCCAGACGAGAGAAGCAUGAUAUUUGUGACAAAGUGUCCAUGUGAUGAAUGUGUCCCUUUAAUUAAAGGGGCUGGUAUCAAGCAGAUCUAUGCAGGAGAUGUUGAUGCUGGAAAAAAGAAAGCAGACAUAUCCUAUAUGAAGUUUGGUGAACUUGAGGGUGUAAGCAAAUUUACAUGGCAACUAAAUCCAUUGUACACUAAUGCCCUUGAAUUCCAUGACCCUACAGCCAGGGAAAAUGGGGUCCAGAAAACAAAAUCGCUGGAUGACCAGCUGCACCAAAACAAGAAACUGUGUCUUGGUCACUAUUGAAUAAUUAAGCACUUCUGCAGUCUUGCUUCAUACUUUUUAUAAUACAGCCUGUUUGCACUUUCAAAUAAGGAACAGUUUUAUUUAUUGUUUGGAAAGUGAAUUUUAAAAUACGUUUAUUUAUGAUGUCUUUAAUGUUUUAUGGAAUUAACUGAAGGUCUUUUUAAUUUAGAAGCUCCUGGCGAAAAAAUGCUGCUUGUAUUUUCUGUGAAAGUAACUGGGUGGCUGAUCAUUGUUAACACAUUUUAAAAAAUACUGAAAGUUUGUUGCUGAUAUAUCAGAGUAAGAGUAAAAUGGUGUCUUAUUUGCUUGGUGUAUGGGUUGAGGGAAUGGAUUUCUAAGUUCUGGACUAGCAAAAUGCAGAAAUAAGCCCUAGUUCUUCAAAUACAAUGGUCAAGGGGAUCUUCUAGGAAAUGGUAGAUAAAUAAUCACCAGCAGCUGUUUCUGUUCCUGAAAGUGGCUUUUGCUUCUCAGUCUGCUCUGCAAUAUAAUAGACACAAAACCAUUGGGAUAGCAAUCAUUGUUAGGUAAAUGAUUUGGAUAUCAAUCUUGUCUCUCAUACACUCUGUCUUCCACCUACCAUAGCAGCAGUUGUUUCAUGGUACUUGCCUUGCUGCUUUGUGUCCAUCCUCAAGUGCAGUCCAUCUGAUUUAAUGAAGACAAAGAUUAGCUUUGUUUUUUCUCAGCUUCUGGAUGCAGGCCUAAAAGCAUUCAGCUGUAUGCAUCUCACUGGCACCUACAUAAAUGUGAAGAUUGCUAGUGUUUUGGUUUUGUUAAUCUUCACUAACAGCCUUCUAGGACUACUGAGGUGAAUAAAUUGCCAGUGUCCUGUUGUUUCUUAGAUAGGAUGAUCUGUACCAGUGGAAUACUCCAAAUAUUUUCAGGUGCCAAUCUUUAAUGUGGAGCAAGGGUGACAUUAAAACAGCAGUGAAACUGCAGUCUAGUGCUUUUGCUAGUUUUGAGGGGGUAGGUAAUGGGUAACCAGAACAAUGAGUUGUACCCAUCUUUUGAGAGGUCUCUGUCCUAAUUCCCAUCUGUUUCCUGCUUUGAAUCUGACCUCUAGCUGUUUGUUUUAACAGAUGCCUCAAGACUUUUUGUUAACUCCUCUGCUGAACUCUCAAGUGCAAAUACCAAACCACUUUUUUCUGCUGCUGCUGGUAGGAUACAUGAACAGCCCUUUCCAGUUCUUUCAUGCAUUUUGUCUUUGCUGCCCUCCUUAAGGUCCUGGAAGGGGAAUCAUGUCUUAAGAUACUGCUGUAAGUUGUCUUUGUUUCUUUUAGGUUUUGGAAAAGCUUGGAACUAGACAGCAAAGCUGUGAUUGGAUAGUGUGCAGAGCACCCUUAAAGUGAUAUUAUUAUAUGGUAUUCGUGCUCACCCAGUUUGGAUACUGGUCCUGUAAUUUAAGGUGUACAGUUCUUGAUGCUUGGAGAUGCAGGAAGGAGCUGUGCUUCCCCAUGGCUCAUAGCAUAGCUUCAUUCUUGAGUACCUGGACUUUAGAACUGGGGAAUGCUUAUAUCCUCUUACCAUCAUGAGAAUUCACCCUUCCUGAAGCUGGAGAAGCUGCUGUUUCUCUGAGCCUAGUAAGACUGAAGGCUACUUCAGGGCUGCUGGUUGAGUGUGGUAUGUGCAGGGCUGGCAGCAGAAAUCUCACCAGGUGAUUGGCUGACCUCCUUCACCACUGCUGCCUUGCCAAGCAGGAUGCAUACAGUCCUUUCCCAGGACCAGGUAGAGAGUGAAAGAGAAAAAUCUGACCCUCUUUGUCAACUUAAGGGCAUGAUGGUGAAAUCCAUUUUUGUAUCACACCUCAAAAGACUGCUUUCUCACCGUAGCUCAUGGGGAAAUUGCUGAGCUGCCACUUCACCAGGUCUUGUAAUCCAGUGCUGAGGAACCUAGGUCCUGAAUCUAGGAUGAGCAGAUCCAGCUGCAAGGGGAUUAAGUCGUUGAUCUGGGUGCUGUAUAAACCUCAGAAAGACAUUUUUUUUCCUCUGAUCAAGGAUUCCAUAGUUUCAUUGUUUACAUCUUUCAUAUGAGGAUAAAGUCAAAUGUUGCGGUUUCAUAAUGGGUUUUUAAAUCAUAAAUAUCUUACUUCAACAUAUGUCCUUUUCACUUUUUAUAAGGAUCUUGUAUUAGAAUAAUUACUCUUGGCUUUUUCGACAGAUCACUGCCCAAAUUAAAGUCUGCCCUACUCCACCCACUGAAACCUUCUGGUUUCCAUAAUCCACUGGCAAUACUCUUAUAUUGAGGUAGAAGCAAGGAAAAAAACAGGGCCAGGUUUAAGUUUGAUCCUCUUCAAGUUUUAUACUGAUCAGUCUGCUGGUAUUAAAAUCAGUAAAAUCUGUGUCUUUAUAUGAACAGCUGAAAUCAAAAAGUCCCUGAAACAUUAUAAGUGGCCUGGAUACACAGAGAAGUGGUCAAGAUUCAAGUCAAAUAUCACGCACAUGAAAUAACUACACUGCAGUAAACGCUGCUGGUGACCUGUACUUCAGGAGGACUUAAGAUUCUACCUUUACUUUAAAUAACUUUUUUUUUAAAAGAGGAUUUUUUUACAAAAUUUUCUGUGAAACUUGCAAUUGCUUGUAAGGCUGAAGGCUUGGAAGCCUGGCUUUAUUUGCGUCUUGCUGUUUUCUACAGAUUCCUCCAGGUGCUCACAAAUUUCUGUAGGCUCUGAUUAUCAGUAUAACCCUACUUCUUCAAUUUUUACUGGAAUUACAAAGUAGAGGCUAUAUCUUGGCCAACAGGAACAAUGUGAAUGGGGUUUCUCUCUAAGCCUGUGGACUCUGUAGGUGCUGCUGUGCUUGUCUGCUUACGAGGGAGAGCCAUGGAAGAUUGGACAUCUCCUGCAGUGCUUAUUUUGCAGAUGAGCUCUAGGAUGUUUGUUUCUUACGUAAAAAUUACAAAGUAUUUACUCAAGAAAUGUUAAAGUUAUAUAUUUUAUAUGUUGUAUGAAAUUUCCAUGUGCAUUUUGUGUCUCUUCCAUUCAUUUCAGAACAAUCAUUUUAAUUGCAGGUAUUAACUAUCAGUAAUAAUUUGGCCUCUUGACCAAGAAUUACAGAAAUUCACUGUUAAUUGUCUGCCUUACAGCAAAACAUGUUUUCUGCUAAUAAAUUAAUCUGACAGUAA